UGCAUUUUGCUUCUGGGUCGAAUCGGAUUUAGAUGACGUUCGUUUGGUUGACUUAGCUUCUGUAGCAGCUGGAACAACAGGAAUACUGAUUCUACUGAUUCUGGAUUACUAUUGAUAACAAACAGUCAUCACUGCACUAAUUGGUGAGCAGUGAAACUAGGGGGUUGCCCCUCAACAUUGAAGCCGAAGAGGCCGAAUUUCUCAACUGAUUUUGUUUCACUUGGAUUGUAAAGAUGGUUUUGGCCGAUUUGGGACGAAAGAUCACGUCGGCGUUACGAUCACUCAGUAAUGCCACAAUCAUCAACGAGGAGGUGCUAAAUGCCAUGCUAAAGGAAGUAUGUGCAGCCCUCCUGGAAGCUGAUGUCAACAUAAAGCUGGUGAAACAGCUUAGAGAAAAUGUCAAGUCAGCCAUUGACCUGGAGGAGAUGGCGUCCGGCCUGAACAAGAGGAGGAUGAUCCAGCAUGCUGUCUUCAAGGAGCUGGUCAAGCUGGUGGAUCCAGGGGUGAAGGCAUGGACGCCCACGAAGGGCAAGAACAACGUGAUCAUGUUUGUGGGUCUCCAGGGGAGUGGGAAAACCACAACAUGUUCAAAGUUGGCAUACUACUUCCAGAGAAAAGGCUGGAAGACCUGUUUGAUAUGUGCUGACACUUUCAGAGCUGGUGCCUUUGAUCAGUUGAAACAGAACGCAACAAAAGCCAGAAUCCCAUUCUAUGGAAGUUACACAGAGAUGGACCCUGUUGUCAUAGCAGCGGAAGGUGUAGAGAAGUUCAAGAAUGAGAACUUUGAAAUUAUCAUUGUUGACACCAGCGGUCGACACAAGCAGGAAGAUUCUCUUUUUGAGGAGAUGCUCCAGGUUUCCAACGCUGUGCAACCAGACAACAUAGUGUACGUGAUGGAUGCCUCCAUCGGCCAGGCCUGCGAGGCCCAGGCCAAGGCCUUCAAGGACAAGGUAGACGUGGCAUCUGUCAUUGUCACUAAGCUCGACGGGCAUGCCAAGGGUGGUGGAGCUCUCAGUGCUGUGGCUGCGACUAAGAGUCCCAUCAUUUUCAUUGGAACUGGAGAGCACAUUGAUGACUUUGAGCCAUUCAAAACACAGCCCUUCAUCAGCAAGUUACUGGGUAUGGGAGACAUUGAAGGAUUGAUAGACAAGGUCAACGAACUCAAACUAGAUGACAAUGAGGAGCUGAUUGACAAGUUGAAACAUGGCCAGUUCACUCUCAGAGACAUGUAUGAGCAGUUCCAGAACAUCAUGAAGAUGGGACCGUUUGGACAGAUCAUGGGAAUGAUCCCAGGCUUUGGAACAGACUUCAUGAGCAAAGGCAAUGAGCAGGAGUCCAUGGCCAGGCUGAAGAAACUAAUGACCAUUAUGGACAGCAUGAACGACCAAGAGCUGGACAACAAAGAUGGUGCCAAGCUGUUUAGCAAGCAGCCCAACCGUAUCCAGAGAGUGGCUCGGGGGUCAGGUGUUGCCACCCGCGAUGUCCAGGAGUUGCUCACCCAGUACACAAAGUUUGCACAGAUGGUCAAGAAAAUGGGUGGUAUCAAGGGCCUGUUCAAAGGUACGAAAGGUGGCGAUAUGUCCAAGAACGUGAACCCCUCUCAGAUGGCGAAGUUAAACCAGCAGAUGGCCAAGAUGAUGGAUCCAAGAGUUCUGCAUCACAUGGGAGGCAUGGCCGGGCUUCAGUCCAUGAUGAGGCAGUUCCAGCAGGGAGCUGCUGGCAACAUGAAAGGAAUGAUGGGAUUCAACAACAUGUGAACCACAAAGCCUUAACAGUACCACUGAAGGAUACAAAAUAUGUGUUUUUGGACCGUUGUGAAAAGGAGGAGGUGGGGCUAGGGGGAGGGAGAGGAAAGGAGAUCAUUUGAGUAGAUGGCAAUUGUUUCAGGAGGUGGAGCCAGUUAUUUGAGGAUUAGACAAGUGGAACCAAGUUCUUUUUGCCUCCGUAAUAUAAUUCUAUAACUUCUUUGUGUAUAAGAUUAUGCAGAGGCGUAUGUUCAUGUCCAGAAUAACAGGUUGAUGAUUUUACAGUAAUUGCAGGUAAAAGAGGCACGAGAUGGCAGGCAGGAUUACAGUAGUGUAAGGAAAUCAUGGCUGAUAAUCCUGAUUUCGAGAGUUUGCAAUGAAUGAAUAUGACAAGAUCAGUUUGUGACAAUAUUUUUGUCAUAAUGUUAUAAUAAAAUUUGUAUUGCAACGUUU